AUGGUCAAGGUGGGGUUUGGAAACGUGAAUCUUUCCAGAGCUUGCUUCCUGUGGUUCAUGUCUGAGACAUUUGGUGCUAUUGGGGCUGGUGCGACAUUUCUAAAUUUGUUUUGUCUAAGUGUGGAACGAUACACUUGCUUAAUGUAUCCACUGAGGUACGAAGCCAUUGUUACAAAGAAUCGUGUGUUAUUUGUUGUGCUUUCCUGUUGGAUCUUCAUUUCAUCUUCAGCACUGUCGCGAUUCGUAGAAUCAGGUUUGGGUUUACUUGCGCACGUGAUCAUCCCGUUGCUUCUGGUACUAAAUUGCUAUUUGCAUUUGAGAAUUCUUCUCUUAGCGCGUCAUCACAAGAAAGCGAUCCGGGAUAUCAACCGUAACGUGACAUCCAAUCAGGUCAGAAACCUGGAAGUGACAUCGAGAGCUAAGACAGCUCUAACCAUGACAUACCUGUUCGCCUUGUACCUGAUAUGUUACACUCCACUUUUCUGGUGCUUUGUUGCCAUAACGAUAGAAGGUAAGAUCACAACAGACUUGCAUGUGAUACUUGGUGUCGCAGCCACCAUUGUGUACAUCAAUUCAUCUCUUAAUCCAAUAUUUUACUGCUGUAGAAUGCGGGAAAUACGGAAAGCUGUCUUCAGACUUUUGAAAAGUUGCAAAGGUAACCGAUAAGUAUUGAUUAGUGACUUGGAGAACUGAAACUGUGUUGGUUUAAAUGUCAAGAAGUUGAAUUUUCGGACAGAGUACGUGGGGGACAGUCAUUCACAACCUCCUCCCCCACAUCCGUCCAUUCAAAUUCAAUAUUUCAUUCAAAGGAAAAAAAGGAAAAAAAAGAGAAAGAGAGGAAUAGAUAUAGCUUAAAAGGAGGAGGAUUGAAAAGUAUUGCAAACGGCGAACUAGAAGUUUUUCUGUAAUUUAUUUCCCUUUGGCUCAAACUGUCACUUUGCUCCGUUUUCAAACUUUGUUAAAAUAAUUAUCUCCAGCACAGUAAUGGCUCGUAGGUUCAGGAACCGGGAUUUCAACCAAGAGAAGUUGUCAGCUACAUACAAACAGUAACCAAACUCUCGAGGCAAUCUUGGUAAAAGAUUGGGAACUAUAAUUGAUUAUCUCACACUGUAAGCCUGGGAAUAUCGAUCGUUUACGGUGCAGUUGUCUGACUAUUUUAUGAGUGUGCUAAAUUUGCAUUCUUUGUGUUUCUCAUUUCUUAAACUAAACGCAGUAAUACCCGCAGAUUUUUGUCAUAUCAAUCCCUCUCUCGAAAAGAUCUUUUCUUCUCUCUUUUUCAAUUCAGGCCCACACAGACACCUGCAAAAUACGAUCACGUUCGCGAAAAAUUUAAAUGAAAUUUGUCAAAAAAUGUGAUUUGUAUUUGUUUUAGAUUUUCUUGCUGCCCAUAAAUACCUUUUGUAAGUGUUUCUCUUCUUCAAAGUUAAUUAACUGUUUUCUUUUAAACUGUUCUCUUAGUACAUUCCUCACUUGCUUUCUCAAAGAGCAAUGUACCAUUGGUUAUUAUUCAAAAUUUGCAGCAAAUAGUGUUUUCCAUUUUUACUACCGAGUAACAAUGUUUCUAAAGAAUAAGAUCAUUAAUACAAAUAUCAAUAUCUUGGUUUGUUUUUCAACCUUCACUUUCUCAAAAGGAUACAUUUUCCAAUCAAACAAACAUAAUUUAACUUAAUUUCCUGCUUUAGAAAUGAAAGUUAAUGGAAAUUUUCAAAGAGGCAUUCCUAUCUAUAAGAAAAUAAGCCAAAUUGUUUUGUCACCUUGAAAGGUGUAUUUUGCCAAUUCCUCUUAAGUUUUCAUAUCAGUUUAUUUUGUUCUAAUAAACCUUUAUCGAACUUGAAAUAAUAUUUAACCAGGGCUGUCUUUUCGCUAUCGAAGCUUCGGCAAAUAAUUCAUUCGUGCCUCCCUAACUGAUAUCGUUUCACACAUGUUCGAAGGCCCCGUCAAUAGUGUGGUAAGUUCUCCUAAUCAAAAAACAGAUAACUCGUAAAGGCAUAUAUAAAAAACGACAUCGAUCAAAUAGUUUUCAGUCUUCAAUGAAAUUCCUCAAACGCGCUGUCGACGAAACACCUCAGUGGUGAAAAUAAGGGGAAUAUUUAUUUGGACUGAGGCGAGGUAGUGAAAUAAAGCGCACUUACAAAGAUAAUUGCAAAUUUAAUUAAAGGUACAAACACAAUGAGGAUGAGAAGUUUUUUGCUUGUGAACUCGUAGAGUUCAGAGGCUUUUUCUCAAAGCUAGAACAUUCAAGGUGGUUAUGGGUAUUGAAAAGUCGACUUGUUCACCGUUGACAAUUGUUAUCAACAUUAAUUAAGAGACAUAAAGUACAGAAAUGAACAACAGCUACAGCUUUUACGAAGCUAGGAAUUCGCUAAAUCAUUCCCUCGAUAGGAACUGUUACUGCCUUGAAAUCAACCUCGAUGUACCUCUAUACGUUUUUAUCGUGAACAUAACAGUUUCCGUUAUCAAUGGAGUAUCAUCCGUUGUGGCAAUGAUGGCGAAAAGCUUAGUACUUGUUACCAUGUGGAAAAAUCCCUCCCUUCACAGAUAA